AAUGAUUAGGUGAUCUUGGUAAAUUUUAACCGAAAAUUGUCGUUCCUUAUAUAGUACCAAAGCAUUUACUAUUGUAAUCAAUUAGCAUUGCAAACACUUUGAGACUAUCCCAUCUUUCCCCACACUUAAAAGGAAUUAGUUUAAAAUAUCAAUAAAAUAAGAAGUUGAGCUCAAAACCCUCCAUAGUCCAUACAUAUGGAGUCACCAAAUUCAGAGCAACACUCCCACCAUUCUGUAAGCACCAAUUCAUCAUCAUGCCUCAGGGAAAAACAAGAGAAGAUGAAUCUGGUUUUGGAUCUAAGCCUGUCGAGCAAAGAUGCUGAGCCAAAUCCAUCACAAGAUCGUGUGUUCUCAUGCAACUACUGCACCAGGAAGUUCUACAGCUCCCAGGCCCUCGGCGGCCACCAGAACGCCCACAAACGCGAGAGGCGCCUCGGCCACCACUCUCCUCUCCCUCUGCAUAGGUCUCUUGCGAUGCAGGUUCACAGCUCCAUCAUCCAUAAGCCUACUACUACCCUUGUGGCCCCACCAUUCAGGUACAAAUUUGGUGGGUUUGGGAGGAGGCCUCCUCUCCAUCCGCAACCGGCUGUAGGGCGGCUGCCGGCGGAGAUCAAAUGGGAUGCUGGUAAUUUGCAGUUGAAGACUGAAGACUUUAAAAUCUUGGAUUUGUCUCUCAAACUCUAAUUACUUUCAAUUUCCAGUAACAAUGUAAGAUCUUCAAUUCUCUUAAUUCCAUCGCUGAAUUUUAUGAGACCCAAUUUGAA